AACAAACAAAAGUGUGACAAACGUUUAUGUCCCUUUUAUAUUUAAUCUACACAAGAAAUGUACGAAAGUACAAACUGGACAUACCUGUCAAGCAGGUUUGUUUGGACUGACUGUGGGUGGGACCAACUGUCCAAUGUGAAAAGAAAGAUUCGUUAAGCAAAAACAAAAUUAGUGAAGCGGAGACACGAAUUAUCUCCUGAACGAAGAAGCGACAGGUUUGACAAUCAGACGACUCAAAUUGAAAUUAAAAGGAUGGCCGUGGCAAUGCCCAGAGACUUUCUCUCUGAAGAUCAGAUAAGCUGUUCAAUUUGUCUGGAAGUCUUCGGCAACCCAGUGACAACACCAUGUGGCCACAGUUUCUGUCAAGCCUGUAUUUCCUCCUACUGGGAUAGAAGAGCAAACACCAAGGUCUACCUUUGUCCCCUCUGUAAGGAAUCAUUUCACAAGCGACCAGAACUUCAUGUCAAUCGAGCUCUCAAGGAAAUCACACAACAGUUCAAAAAAAUCACCAACACUGGAGUUGCAGCUGAUGUAGGCGGGAAAAGGGGAAUGGAAGAUACAGCCCUGUCCUCCUUUCAUAGUAAACUGUUUCCCCAAAGCACCAGUCUUGCCCACCCGUCCAUGCAGAUGCAGAGCAAUGAACAUAGCGACCCUCCUCCACCUUCCUCACAUCCGAGCAGGAACACUUGGAACCAUCCCAGUGACUCCUCUCCUUGUUCACCCAUGUGUCCAAUCCACCAACGACUGAAGGAGUUGUUCUGUCGAACUGAUGCAAGCUGUGUGUGCAGCGUUUGUGCAGAGUCAUUCGCGCACAAAGGGCACGACAUCAUUCCAGUCAAGACAGAAUGGGACAUUAAGAAGUCACAAUUGGGUACUGCAGAGGAGCACCUGAAGGAGCUAAUCUGCAAAAGAGAGAAGAAAUGUCAGGAAAUAAAUAACUCCCUCUUGGGCAUUGAUGUAAGUUUUCAAUCUAAGGCUGCUGCUGAGAGAGAGGUAGAGGGUACUGUUUCUGUGUUUUCGAAGCUCAUCUCGACAAUGGAGUGCUGUCAAGCUCAUGUCUUAGAGGUGAUAGAGAUGAAUCGUAGAACUGCCCACCAUAGGAGUCAGAGCUUGCUGACGGUCCUCGAAGAGGAGAUCGCAGAGUUGAAAAACAGGAGCACAUCACUGGGCCAUCUUGCUCUGACAGAAGACCACAUACUUUUUCUACAGAUGUUCCCUUCCUUGUCCACCCCACCACAGUUGAACGAUAGCUCAAAUGUCUCAAUGUCGUCCGAAAUGACGACUGGGACAAUUCUAGAAUCUGUCAGCCAAAUGACAGAGCGUUUUCAAGAAGAGAUCCAAAAACUUCCAAUGGAAUGCAACAAAUCCUUAUUGCUCCGAUCUGUCGACAGACCUAAACCAAGGGCAAAAAUGGUUCAAGAUUAUGCAGCAAAUAUAACGCUUGACCCAAAUACAGCCCACCCUCAUCUCAUCAUCUCGGUAGAUGGGAAGCAGGUCUUUUGUGGUGGCAGUCAGCGGCCUGUACCUGACAGCCCAAACCGGUUUGAUCGGGUGGUGUGUGUGCUGGCUCACCAGGGAUUUCGGUCAGGACGUCAUUACUGGGAGGUAGAAGUGGGUGAAAAGACUGACUGGGACUUGGGAGUAGCGAGCCGAUCUAUUAGACGAAAGGGCAAAAUCACUGUAAAUCCUGCGCAUGGCUUCUGGUUCUUGAGUCUACGAGAUCAAGUUGACUACACUUUUCGAACAGAACCGUCAACCAUCAUUCAAGUGAAACCCAGACCCUCACGCGUUGGAGUCUUUGUGGAUUGUGACAAGGGAGUUGUGUCUUUCUACAAUGUGGAGGCAAAAGUGCUUAUCUACAGAUUCAGAGAUGAAUUUCAUGACACAGUGCAUCCAUUCUUCAGUCCCUGUACAAAUAAAUCUGGAAAAAAUGAUGCUCCACUAAUUAUUUGCCCUUUUGCAAUGACAAACUGCAAUUAAGAUGAAACAGAUUAAGAAGAAUUAAGCAGCAGAGCAGGUAGUUACAGUGGAGUAAAUAAAUUGUUGGAACAGGGCCAUGUUUAUGAAUGUUCAUCUCAUGUUAUGUCUAAUAAUAAAAAUAAUAAAUAAUCCUACAGACUAAAACCUGUAUGAACCUUGCACUGAUUCUCAACUAGUGGGUUGGGACCCAACUAUCAGACGGGGAGCCAUUUUGGGUGGCUUGCGGACAGGUAGUAAAAAAUAUAAAGCAUUAUAAUUCAGACUGUUAAAACUUACAUUUUUGUUUUGGUCUUCAGGCUUUAUUCCCUAAAGAGGAGAACAACUACAGUGGAUUCUACCUCACAGUUCUGAUGACCGAGGGUUCAAAUCACGCGUGGUAAGUUAAUUGAAGACUCUAAAUUCCCCAUAGGUGUGUAUGUAGGAAAAAAAAUGUUUUCAAAAGCUAUUUUUGAACGUGUUCUUGCUUGUUCCUAACUUCAGUAAAAGUGGGUCGCGAUUUAGCGACAAUAGAAGAAGCUUAAAGCACUGAAAAUUGUGCUUUUCUUGACCAUGUGAAAGCUGACAGCUAUAUUGGAAUUGAUUCUUGAAAUGCUAAACUAUCUCACUUUUAACUAUGUGAGUUUGUGAUUUUCAAAUCAUUGGAUUUUAAUCAACAUUUCUUAAUUUGGGACUAGGGAAUGUGUUUCCUUGUUUCUUACGUUUUGUUUCAUGUUCAAUGUGUGCUGAGUACAUUGAGUUGGCAUUUGUAUGAAAUAUGCUAUUCCGAUUAAAUCUUCUCCUGAGUGGA